AUGCUAGUCUCAUCACCGUCUCCGUCCGCCGCCCUCCAUCCUUCAUCCUCUUCUCCUCCGACGCUCCCUCAUCCCUCGCACUCCUCUCCCUCCCUUUCUCAUCGAUCCACGACUGCCGCCGUAACAGCAGCUCAUAAUUUUCGGCAUCAUCAUUAUGAGCCUGCUCGUCAGCCUCCUGCGUCCAGUAGUCACUUCAGUCCGCGUUCUUCCCGCCUGGCCAUCGAGGAGCUUCGAUCGGCCUUGACGCGACAUACGGUUGAAGCUUCGCCUCCGGGGCCCUCAGGGGAUCUCCCUCGCGGCCGCAUGUCCGCCGGGCUGACCACCCUUGGGGGCGGAAACAGCACGUAUUCGUCCGCCGCUCCUACUCCUGCGGUCGCUACGCUUGUUAAUCCGCAUUCCUCCGAUCGUCCGACGGACACUGAGCCUGUCGGUGCUCCCCCUCCAGUCGCAGCGUCGGCCCCGGCCCCUGCCCCUGCCCCCGCUACUGCGCCUUGCUCGGCUCCUCCAAUGCCCGCCCCCAUCAGUACAGGGUCCAACAAGCGUAACAGCCCGAAUGAUCAUGGCGUGGACGCCUCGCUUGCGGGACGCUCCGGGGACUUGGACCUCGAACGCAGUCAGUCCAAACGACUGCGGCCAGCCGAGCCCGACGUGAAAUAUCUGCCGGAGAAUUAUGAUCAGGCUGAUCCGCGGGACCUUGUCAUUUUAAUCUCUAGCAUGCUGAUGGAGCUGAUUCGCUUCAACGACAAGAUACCGCUGAAUAACGGACGCCUGACGCGUUUCCAUUCUCGAUCACCACCUCGGAUUUCGGUCCAAGACUAUCUUCAGCGGCUUACAACCCACGCCACCUUGUCGCCUCCGAUCUUGCUCAGCAUGGUAUACUACAUUGAUCGGCUCUGCGCUCUCUAUCCGGCCUUCAGCGUCUCCAGUCUGACUAUUCACCGAUUCCUUAUUACUAGUGCCACCGUCGCCAGUAAAGGUCUCAGUGACAGUUUCUGGACUAACAAGACAUAUGCUCGUGUGGGAGGUAUCAGCAUGGCGGAGUUGGCUCUUCUGGAGUUGGAGUUUCUAUUCCGCGUAGAGUGGCGGAUUGUACCCCAGCCAGAAGUGCUGGUUGAUUACUAUCAAAGUCUCGUCGAGAGGUGCGACGGGUACGAGAUCAAGCGUGAAAGCUGA